AUGAGUGACGACGAGCGCAGUGACUCACUGCUCAGUGAGCAGAGUGCAACAGAGCCAGGGCCAUUGACGGCCGAAGAGAUUUCGCGUGAUCCCUUCAUCAAUAAGGUGCGAGAACUGUAUGACGCUGGAUGGCCGCUGUUUACCAAGGAAAUGAUUCGACACGCGCAAGAUCAAAUCUCUCAGCAGCCACUUCCAGCCAAUGUUGACCUACUUGGCUUUGAUGGCAAAAUGCACACACGGCCAUGUCUAAUCAACUUAUUUACCCCAGGACGUGAUGAAACCUGGCUUCCCUAUAUACACUAUAAGUCGUUCGAAAGCCUUACUCAGCCGAGAAGACAUCCCGAAACGUCCUUUGUUACUGUUCUUAUCGGAGGUACACUGGCGAGAGAUGCGGAUGCCACAUUGAAUAUCUCACAAGAUGAUGUGAGACGUGCAUUCGACAAGAAUUUCGAUCUGUGGGAACAGAGUGAGCUCUGGGCCGGCAUCAAAGCGCAGAUGCAGCCACAUCUGUCCACCCUGCCGAAGACGGUGGACAAGAUUAUCGGAUUUGGCCUCGGCGAGUUUACACAGCCGAGCAGCGUUAUCUGCGGGUACAACGGCAAGGAUCGUUCUUGUGCGCAACAUUCGCUGAUGAUUAUGGCGGCGAAGUUCGUGGAAGAACAUACGGGCAACAGUAUCAAGUGCUAUGCGCAGGAUCCUGCGUACUUUGAUACCUGCAAGAUGGUUCUUACGGACCGAGCUGUAGAGGUCGUGGAGGCAGAACGCGGGUUUCUUCUGGUGGAUGAAAACACUAUCGUGGUGUCGAUCUCUCCCAAUGUUCCUGUUCGACAAAUUGUGGCCGAUCUGGGUCGUCCUGCUAUGAUGAUGUGGAACCAGAUUUCUGAGCCUGAAGUACGUGAGUGGAUGUACAGCGAUGAAGCUCUCGGUUGGAUCAGUCCGUACACGACAGAUCCGGUGUCACCGCGCGUCAUGGCCCUGCGAGAAGACUACACCGAGUUGAUCAUCAAUGGUGGUGAGUCUGCUGACAAACUCCUGGGGGACAUGGCAGUAUAUGUGAGGAAGCCGAGCCUGAAGCUUUGA